AAAAAAAAAGCAAUUAAAAUAAUAUAGGUGCCCAACCUCAUGUUCAAUUAAAAAAUAAAAUAAAAUAUUUUUUAAAAAAUCAUUUUAAUAGUAUGAAAUCUUAUGCCCUACUAUUUCAUUUUUUAGAGACAUUAUCCGUUUAUUGUGUAGUUCUUGUUUCAUCCAAUUAAAAGUUGUCAUGUGAUAAUUUAUUAGAAAAUGAGAAGAAGAAAAAUUAUUUUUUGGUGUGUAGUAGUAGAAAAAGGGACAUGAAAUUUAGAUGCAUCCUAGACUACGUUUAAGUAUGGUUUACUUUUUUUUUUUUUUUUGUUCAAAGUGAAACUAAUACUGAAAAGGUUGAUAGAUAAAGUUGCAUAUAAUUUUAAGUAUUAUCCUUUCUAUUUUAAUCAGAAUAAUAUUUCUUCCUACCUCAUUGCUUGAACAAAAUGAUUUUUGUAAAUGACACAACAUACCUUAUUGUGAUUCCUCAUAUAUACGGCCACUAAAUAGGUCGGCAUGUAACCACAAUGAUAAGCAAUGCCUGCACAAAAACAAAUAACGAAGGGAACUCCUUCCAGGAUUCUAAUUCAAAUAACCAACUAAAUGUGCAAGUUGUAUGCUUAAUAUUUAAGGAGCUGAUGUAUAUCUACCAUCCCUUUCUAAGGCUCUAGUUAGGAAUAUAUUCAGAUAAGUAGUAGGAGGCAUUCUGGUCAUUAGACAUUAACAAAUUAGUAUUAAAAGAAUGUCGCUUACUAUAACCCGAAAACCUAACCAACUUAAUGUCUAAUUACUAGAAUGCCCCUUACUACUAAUCACACUAAUUAUCCUAAUAUAUUCCUAAUUAGAGCCUUAAACACUUCUCCUCGCUUAGUUCCUAUGCCAUUAAUCUUGACUUAAACUUUUCAUCUCCCUUUUUCACCUUUAAAAAAUGCAAUUACCGAAAGUUUUUAGCAGCUGGUCAACCAGGUUAAUUCAGCUAUAAACUAUAGUAACUGCUUUAUUUCAUGAUUUGAAUUCUUCCCCAUGGAGAAAAAUGUUGACCUGAAUGCUUUCAUCCUCAACCGUUGGAUCUUUAUUAACUAAAAACACCACCUUGUGUUAAACAUUCGUCAUUGUUCUUAAGAGUUUAGAUUUGACUAUUUCAAUUCAUUUCCUUCCGUGGACUUUACGAAAAUCUGACCAACCCCAUCAAGCAGACCAAGCAAGCAGCCUGAAUAAAUUAAUUGUGUCCUCCAUUGGUGUAAUCGCCAACUAAUUUUGCCCAGGUAUGAGUUUAUUCAAAUAGCUUCAUUUUUCAUACUUCGGUGAAGACUUCACUUUUUUGUGGGAGAACCUCCUGGGAGAUAUGUCUGAAAGGUGUGCUAUAUCACCCAUACUGCCAACCAUCUUGCUUGCUGCCAUCAUCUUCCUUAUAUGUGGAGAUAGCAUAAUCUACAAAGUUUCAAUUCGAACAGUAUCUAUAGAUGAGAAAAGAAAUUCAAACUCAACAAGUACGUGCAUAACACAAUUGCAGAUUAAGCAAACUUUGGUUGGAGAGCCAAGGCAGUCCUCACCAGAAAACAGAGACGAAGAUGAUAGUGAAACUUUUGAUUCCUUAGUAGUUCCAUCCAAUCUUUCAGCAAAAGAAGCGAGAGUUGAUUGGUUUAGGAACCACCUUCCCAACUUUCGAAUUUUGCAGUCAAACAACUUGACGCAGCAGUUUCAUGAUCGACUUCUGGAGUUUCUCAGCCAUGAGUGUGAGGUACAAUUCUUCAUGACGUGGGUAUCUCCAGCGAGGUCUUUCAGGGAAAGAGAAUUAAUGGCAGCAGAAAGUGUUUUUAAGUCUCACCCCCGUGGAUGCUUAACUAUUAUAUCAAGAACGCUGGAUUCAGAAAGAGGCUGCAAGAUUCUUAAACCUCUACUUGAUCAUGGGUUUAAAAUUCAGGCAAUCGCACCGGACUUGCCUUUGCUAUUCAAAAACACCCCGGUUGAGGCUUGGUUUGAUGAGAUGAAGAGUGGAAAAAAAGACCCAGGUCAGAUUCCAUUAGCUCAGAAUCUAUCUAACCUGAUGAGACUUGCAGUUUUAUACAAAUAUGGAGGUGUUUACAUAGAUACAGACUUUAUUGUUUUGAAGUCUUUCAUGGGGUUGAAGAACUCAAUUGGCGCACAAAGUAUUGAUCCAGUAACUAAGAACUGGACAAUACUGAAUAACGCUGUUCUUGUUUUUGAUAAGAAGCAUCCACUUCUAGAGAAAUUUAUGGAAAACUUUGCAUCAAAUUUUGAUGGUAGCAGAUGGGGACAUAAUGGACCUUUUCUGGUCUCCAGAGUAAUAGCAAAGAUAACUGGAGCCAGAGCAAAACCUGGUUUCAACGUCACUAUACUGCCACCUGCAGCGUUCUACCCAGUGGAUUGGAUUAAGAUUGGUGAACUUUUCAAGAAGCCAGGAAACCGGGCUGUUGAAAGUUGGGCAAAAGCAAAACUAGAUCAGCUAAAUAACGAAACCUACGGAAUACACCUAUGGAACAAGCAGAGUAAGAGUUAUGUGAUUCAAAAGGGAAGCGUCAUAGAACGAUUAUUCGCUGAUCAUUGCAUCAUUUGCAGCUAUACUUAGAAUUAGGGAAAGCUCUACGAGAGAAAAAAAUGUAAAGAUGUAUGAAUAACUACGAUUUAUUUAAUACACUAACACAGAACCUUUAACAAGAAUGAAGUGAACCAUGUUCCUCCCAAGAAUCAUAUGAAAUCGUGAUCUAAUCUUCUCCCAGAUGUAAAAUUCCCUAAAUUAUAGCUUUCUUCGUUUCUGAACUUUUUCUGAGAUAGCAUUUAUUCCAAGGCUAAUCUUUCAAGGUAUCAAGAAUUUUACUCAAAGGAUCACAUAUGCAGCCCCUAAAGAAGUAUUGCUCAAAGACUACCACUCUGGAGGCUCUAUACUACAGCUUUUCUUUGCUAAUUGUUUAAGAGUUCGAAUCUUCUCCAUUGUAUUCAUUUACUAGUUUUCUACACUAUCAUGAUUACAGAUAUUAUUCAACUUUUGAACCCAAUCUCUGUACAUCAUUAAGAAAAUAGUAGAAAAAAGGUAAACUGUACUUUAUAGGACAGAAGGCAUCAUGUUCAGAUAAUUCUAUCAGAAGUCAACAUUAGAGGCA